CGCAUAGUUUGUGUGUGAGAUCCGUGAUGAUGUCCACCGUCCGGGUGAAUUUUAUCCGCUGUGAUCCACUACAAAUCUCCAGCGGGACUCAUAUUCAUUGACGGGUGGCUUCUUUCAAUGGCAUGUCAUCAGUUUAGGCUUGAGUCAUCUGAUAGCGCGGGUUGUUCGGUGCGGAUAUCGGAUCCAGCGCAGGCCCGGUGAUGGUCGCGAAUGAAGCCGAAGAGAGCAAGAGAGGAGCGGCUGUGAUUUCUGCGCUCCUUCGCUGAUUCCCCGUGUGCCAACUCAUCAGAGCACACAACACGCACCCGCAACAUAAUCAGCUUCAGCGGGUUUGAAUAAACAGCCUCCAGAUGAGCAGUACAAGAUGCCAGCAGCUGAACAACUAGAUAUGGAGGUGAUGACCCCUCUGAUGGAGGAAACAGGAGGUGAUGAGGAGGAGGAUGUAGAUGUAGAUGAAGGUCCAGAGCAUCUACCACAAGGCAUCACGUUUACACAAACCCUGCUGCAUCUCCUAAAGGGGAAUAUCGGCACAGGAUUGCUUGGUCUUCCUCUAGCAGUGAAGAAUGCUGGGAUAGUGCUAGGUCCGGUUAGUCUGGUUCUGAUGGGCGUUGUGUGCGUUCACUGCAUGCACAUCCUGGUCAACUGCAGUCAUCAACUGAGUGAGCGGUUGAAACGUUCCCCCCUCGGUUACAGCGACACGGUUGCAGUUGCCAUGGAGAUGAGUUCCUCCCAGUGCCUGAGGAAAGGUGCUCAUUUUGGGAGGCACUUGGUGAAUUUCUUCCUGGUUUUGACCCAGCUGGGCUUCUGUAGUGUUUAUUUUGUGUUCCUGGCUGAAAACAUUAAACAGGUGAUGGAGGGAACUCAUCUGAACAGCUCUGUGGAGACUGUACUGUUAAAUGGCUCAGACGAGGGUGCCGUCUCCCCAACAACACCUCCUGUUGCCGCGGCUACAGGGCUGGACCUGCGGCUCUACAUGGUCUUCCUCCUUCCCUUCAUCAUUGUGCUGACCUUCAUUAGAGACCUGAGGAACAUGGCCGCUCUCUCUGCCAUCGCCAACCUCUGUAUGGCUGUCAGCCUUGUCUUCAUCUUCACAUAUAUACUCAAUGAUGUGAGCGAUCCUAGACGUCUGCCGUACGCCUCCACAUGGAGGAAGUUUCCCUUCUUCUUUGGAACAGCCAUAUUUGCCUUUGAAGGAAUUGGAGUGGUUCUUCCAUUGGAGAAUCAAAUGAGGGAACCGAAGCGAUUCCCUCAAGCCCUCAACAUUGGUAUGGGCGUCAUCAUCGUCCUCUACGUGACUCUGGCGACGCUGGGAUACCUCCGCUUCGAAGACGACAUCAAAGGAAGCAUCACGCUUAACCUUCCACAUGAUUCCUGGUCUAAUCAGCUGGUGAAGGUCUUGUACUCGUUCGGUGUGUUUGUGAGUUUUGCGGUGCAGUUUUUUGUGCCGGCGGAGAUUUUGGUUCCGCCCGUGUGCGAGCGCGUGAGGAAGACCUGGAGACGGGUGGCUGAUCUCAGCCUGCGAGCGCUGCUCGUCUGCCUCACCUGUGUAACGGCAGUCUUGAUACCGAGGUUAGAUCUGGUGAUCUCACUGGUCGGUGCGGUGAGCAGUUCGGCGCUAGCGCUCGUCUUCCCUCCUCUGGUGGAGCUGGUGGCGUUUCCCAGUCAACCUCCUCCUCCUCUCCUGCUCCUCAAAGACCUUUCCAUCGCCUUCAUAGGCUUCAUAGGCUUCCUGACGGGAACCUAUGUGACGCUGGAGGAGAUUAUUUAUCCCGACGACCAAGGACAGAUCCGUCUCCGUGACGACGGGAACUGGACCACACCCACUACCUCACCUCCUUAAAGACCACACCCACAAACGAAGGACCAAUCAUGACCAAUUGAGUUCCAUAUUAAAAGGGCACAGUGUCAUUUUGAAUACUGUAACGGCACAGACGCUGCUUCCUGUGAGCAGAAGACCCUGUCUUAUAGAGGUUGAGGCGUUUUUUUUUAUAGCUCAAUUUGUUUUCAUUCCACAGGCACAUGCCAAGAUAUGUAAGUGAGUGAUGGUGUGCAUGGGAAAUAUUUCCUCUGUACAGACUUAUGGACUUCCCGUGACUCCACCCUGUUCUAGAUGGAAUGGCUUUAGCUCCAUCAGGUCGGUGAAGCGUAUAGCAUGACGGGCUGUCAGCAUUUAACACUGCGGGACAGCACCAGAGAAAUAUUGCACACUGUAAAGAAUGUACGUUCUCGCUGACUAGAGGUAUUAUUAAUAAACCGAUCGUUUCUCCUGA